GGAGAGGUGUAUGGUCUCAGUGCAGCCCUCGUCACCGUGGAUACAGGAGGGAGGAGAACUGGAGGAGUCUUAAAAGAACGCAACACCACAGGACAGACUACUUCUCUCCAUCCCUCCCGCACUCUGGAAUUCUUCUAUUGGGUUCCUUUUUAGAUUUAUUUUUUUAGUCACCUUUCUCCACUAUGAACACCCCAAUGACAACGGCUGCCAUGGCGUUGGCCACCUGCCACACCAACGCCACGAUAUGCUCGGGCACGUCGUGCCUGGUGGCUCCCAGCAACUACAAUGAGAACCUGAGCCUAGUUCUCAGCAUCGUGCUGACCGUCAUGCUGGCCAUGGUCAUGUUCUCCAUGGGCUGCACCGUGGAUGCCGGAAAGCUGUGGGGACACAUCAAGAGGCCAUGGGGAAUUUUUAUCGGCUUCUUGUGCCAGUUCGGCAUCAUGCCCUUCACCGCCUUCGCCCUGUCACUGGCCUUCAACGUGCUGCCCGUGCAGGCCGUCGUCAUCAUCAUCAUGGGCUGCUGUCCCGGUGGCUCCAGCUCUAAUAUCAUUGCCUACUGGCUGGAUGGAGACAUGGACCUCAGUAUCAGCAUGACAGCCUGCUCCUCUAUCCUGGCCCUGGGGAUGAUGCCUCUGUGUCUGCUCAUCUACACGUCUGUCUGGACCUCUUCUGACACCAUCCAGAUCCCCUACCAAAGCAUAGGUAUCACUUUGGUGUCCCUCCUCAUCCCCGUCGCCCUGGGAAUCUACGUCAAAAACAAGUGGCCCGAAAUAGCCAAAAAGAUCCUCAAGGUGGGUUCCAUAGUUGGCCUCCUCCUCAUCAUCAUAAUUGCGGUGGUUGGUGGGGUGCUGUACCAGUCCUCCUGGACCAUCUCUCCCUCUCUCUGGAUCAUCGGAGCCAUCUACCCCUUCGUAGGCUUCACCCUGGGCUUCUUCAUGGCCCGCUUUGUCGGACAACCCUGGCACAGGUGUCGUACCAUCGCCCUGGAGACAGGCUUCCAGAACUCCCAGUUGUGCAGCACCAUCGUCCAGCUGUCGUUCUCCCCUGAAGACCUAGAGGUCAUGUUCGCCUUCCCGCUCAUCUACAGCAUCUUCCAACUGGUGGUGGCUGUCAUGUCUGUUGGAGCUUACCGGAUGUAUAAGAGGAUGUGUGGAGCGGGUUCGUCUGAGUUAGACAGCGAGGGAGCAGAGGGGGAUGCUGAGGCACCUAAGGAUAAGCAGGAGUACGCCCUGGAAAAUGGAGGCUUCGAGUGCGACGAGAAUGGCAACAAUGGAGAAAAGGGCAAGAUCACACAGAUGUGAGCACGGACAGGCCGCGGGACUCUGACAGCAGCACGCAGCGACCUGGGUGCAAUACCGUACCUACAUCCUUCCCACUCAAUCACACCAUACACACACACACACUGACCUUGACAGGCUGAAAUUGUGCGUUACAGGGUCCUGCCAUUUUAAAAAGUGAGGUAUUCUCAACAUGGGAGAGGUUUCUGUGAAGCUUUACUUCAUAACAACAACAAAAACUAUCUUCAGGGGUAGGAAGCCAUCUCAGAUCCUGAAUGAAGUCCGUGUAUACCUGGAGUGUAUACCUGGAGUGUAUACCUCGUGGAGGCCAGCAGGGUUGCAGUGUGGUAGUGACUGAGGCGAGGUAUUGUGAGAUUUGUUGAGUGGUGAGAGACACAGAGGAAACUGUUCACCAUGAAAAGGUUUCUGUCUAGUCACUCCUGUCAGAACUACAAUAACUUUUUCAAUAUUUAUAUUUGCAAACCAUUCAACCUAAACUAAUUUAUUAGUCCAUGUCGCAGGACUCAUGACACACACACACCAGCAUUAAGACAUUAUAUUGAGUUUUAAAUGGACCCCUCCAGGAUAUUUUACACAUGGCUCAUAUUUUAUCAUUUGUAUGUUAAAGCAACAACAAAAAUACAUUACAAGUCUUCCUGACUAAUACAAGUGUUGUGCUGAACAUUCAUUUAGUUUUAAAUUAUUAGACAGUACAUUUGAACCAUAUUUAUGAAUGUACUGUCUUUGUAUCCAUUAGUGUAAUUCAUGUUUUGGCGCAUUUUUUAAAAACAUUUACAUAGAUGAAUAGACUAAAUACAGACUAUACCAAACAUGAAGAACCCCUUCCUAAUAUUGAGUUGCACCCCCUUUUGUCUUUAGAACAGCUUCAAUUUGUUGUAGCAGGGACUACAAGGUGUAGAUGCUGGUCCAUGUUGACUCCAAUGCUUCCCACAGUGGCCAUGUGUGCUGGAUGUCCUUUGGGUGGGACACACAUUCUUGAAACACACGGGAAACUGUUGUGUGAAAAACCCAGUAGCAGUGCAGUUCUUGACACAACCCGGUGCACCAGGCAACUACUAACAUAUUGGGUUCAAAGGCACUUAAUUAUUUUGUCUUGCCCAUUCUCGUUCUGAAUGGCACACACACAAAAUCAAUUGUCUCAAGGUUAAAAAAAAAAAAAUCCUUCUUUAACCUGUCUCCUCCCCUUCAUCUACACUGAUUGAAGCGGAUUUAACAAGGGACAUCAAUAAGGGAUCAUAGCUUUUACCUGGUUAGUCUGUCAUGGAAAGAGCAGGUGUUCAUAAUGUUAGGUAUACUCAGUGUAUAUAUCUGUGACGAACACUCCACAUUCCACUGCACCUUAGUUGUUCUCUUUGUCUUUUACGCAGAGGCUAGUGUGUUGUCUUAAAGAAGGUACCUACCUACCUGAUCUUUUGAUGUGUAAAUGUACCUGGAAAUUAAAUAAAGGUGAACAUUUUAAGUGGUC